AAUUACUGCGAUUGAAAACAUUAAUCUCAAAAUGCUUGGUUCAAAGAUCCUCUUCCUCAUCGCGGCCACGUCCAACGUUGUCUUUGCUGCAUACGGCUGUGGUGAGGUCAAUGUUGUCUACACAGGUCUUCCUGGUCGACAUAAAUAUGUGAAAGAGCAAGGUGGUGAUCCUGAUGUGACGGAGAAAAACAUCGAGGACUACACGCGUGAGAUGCGCGAGGCAGGGUACAACGUUCGAGGUAUCUGGCGAGGUCCAGAGAUUGAAGGAUCUGAAUUCGCCGAAAAUGUGAAAGGUGUCGACUGGCAUGCGGCCGGCGUCGGAUUCGGAGUCCGCGGGUCAAACAUGACUGACCUCACCGGAUUAUUUGAAGAGAACCUCGCCAUCUACCGUGAAGAAGCACCCGAUGCCAAAUUUGUCUUCAACUACAACCCUCGUAGCUUUCUGUGGUCUGUUAAACGGUAUUUUCCUAUCUCGACUGACUGCAAGGACCAUCCCGGCAAGGACCUAGGGUUCAUCACUCUCUGCGACGAGGCCUGCAACUAAGCCUUGUACGGUUUCGGUAUCAUGUGUUUCGUACCCAAUAUCUUCUCUGUGGUUCUGUCACGACUCGGCAGGAAAGGGUACAAGCUUGCAGUCAGACAUGAAUCAUUGUAACCGGUACAAUAUUUCCGUGUUUCAUUAAAUUCAAUAAUACUAUAAUCAUUGUUCAU